UCCUGAUGGAACGGCUUUAGUUUUCUACGAUACACGCGUCUUCACGCAUCUCUUUUCCGCAAGUGUGUCCAUCCCUAACCCCUAUAUAUAUCGUGGAUGGACCCUACUUUGUGGAUACAUAGACGUUACUAUUACUACAAAUUAUAAGUAUUUGGAUAUUACUCGGAUCAAGAGCCGCAAAAUGCUGCAUCAGAUGAAUUCCGAUUUCUUGAAUGCUCAAUCUGAGAACUCAGAAAAAUCCUAUCUCGAAUCAUGCAUUAUGCGUCCGAGAAUAACACGAAAAGGAGACAAUGAUUACAUUAUGAGCCCUCGUCGAAACGAGUGUUCCACCUACGAAGAAAUGUAUAAGAGGUCACUGGAGUGCCCGGAAGAGUUUUGGGGCGAGAUCGGCGGCUGCCUCGACUGGAGCAAACCCUGGCAGAAAGUCCUGGAUAAUUCUAACGAGCCGUUUACGAAAUGGUUCGUCGGUGGAGAACUGAACGCUUCUUACAACGCGUUAGAUCGUCACGUGCUCGCCGGAAAUGGGGAGAGAACGGCUCUCAUCCACGACAGUCCCCAAACGUCAUUAAUACGUAAAGUGACGUACAACGAGCUCUUGGAGAAGACGUCCUUGUUAGCGGGCGCGUUGGCCGAGCUGGGUGUGCGUAAAGGGGACAGGGUGAUCAUCUACAUGCCGUUGAUCCCCGAGACCGUAAUCGCAAUCCUGGCCACAGCCAGAUUAGGGGCGAUUCAUUCCGUGGUUUUCGGAGGUUUUGCAGCGAGCGAAUUGGCAUCUAGGAUUGAUCACGCCGAGCCAAAGAUUAUUAUUGCCGCGAGCUGCGGCUUAGAACCGUCCAAAGUGAUUAAGUACACUACUAUGCUAAACGCUAUGGAUAUGAUUACUGUACCGAAACCGAAGUGUAUCAUAUUCCAGAGAAGAAAUGUAUGGGAAGCGCCCUUGCUCGAGACACAAUUCGACUGGGAUGAGCUUAUGAAGAAAUCGAAACGUCAUCCCUGUGUAAUGGUGGAAGCUAACGAUCCAUUGUAUAUAUUAUACACAUCGGGAACUACGGGGCAACCUAAGGGAAUUAUAAGACCAGUCGGCGGUCACUUAGCGACGCUCUGUUGGUCCAUGAAAGCCGUUUACGGAAUGAACAAAAAUUGUGUUUGGUGGGCGGCCUCCGAUAUGGGAUGGGUUGUUGGACAUUCGUAUAUUUGCUAUGGUCCUCUCGUGUACGGCGCGACUAGUGUAAUGUACGAAGGAAAACCCGACAGGACACCGGAUGCUAGUCAAUAUUUCAGAAUCAUUGAGCAACAUAACGUAAACGCGUUAUUUUGCGUUCCUACAGCUUUACGAGUUAUAAGGCGGGCAGAUCCGGAAACGUUAUUAGGAAAAAAGUAUUCAUUAAAAUCUUUGAAGACGAUAUUUGUGGCCGGGGAGUUUUGCGAUUAUGAGACAAAAACCUGGGCCGAGAAAGUAUUUAAGGUGCCUAUUCUAAAUCACUGGUGGCAAUCAGAGACUGGACAUCCUAUUACGUCAUUAUGUACAGGAUAUAGUCAUUGUCCUAGUUUGCCUAAGUUCAGUACAGGACCGCCUAUACCCGGUUACGAGAUUCACAUCUUACGCGAAGAUGGAAGCAGGGCACCACAACAUGAACUCGGACGAAUUGCGAUAAAGUUACCAUUACCUCCUGGAUGUAUGUCUACUCUUUAUCGAGCACCCGAGAAAUUUAAGGAAUUAUAUUUCUCAACGUUUCCGGGUUAUUAUGACACUAUGGAUGCGGGUUACAUCGAUGAAUUCGGUUAUUACGUGACAGCGAGGGACGAUGAUAUUAUAAAUGUUGCUGGACACAGAAUAUCAACAGCUGCGCUGGAAGAUAUUAUUUUAGCUCAUUCCGAUGUCGUGGAAGCUGCAGUUGUCGGUGUACCAGAUCAUACAAAGGGAGAAGUUCCGCUAUGUCUUUAUAUUAAACGAAACGAUUCCAUAAGCAACGAGGAGGAGAUAAAUCAAGAGCUAGUCGCGCGAGUGAGAAACAUGAUGGGGCCGAUUGCGUCUUUCCGGACUGCUGCCGCAGUUUCCGCUUUACCUAAGACACUCGGGAAAAUAAUUCGCAAAUCUAUCGCUACAAUGGCACGCUCGAAGCAAUUUAAGAUGCCAAGCACGAUCGAAGAUCCAACAGUAUUUCGCGAAAUUAAGGAGGUACUUCAAAAGCUUGGAUACGCGAAACUAGCUCCGGAUCCACAAUAAUCUUUCACUUUUAAUUAACGCAACUCUUACGCACGAAAACUUUUCUUAUUGUGCUUUGGAAAAGAAAUAGCUAACAAUGGCAGCCAACUUCGUAGAAAUAAAACGCGUCAUAAUUGUGUGCAAUGUUCACUGGAUAAGCCUGUUCUUUCUAAUUGCGCCAUGUUGCACUUCCUGUAUUCAAAUGUAUGUAUAUAUAGGAACAUAUAUACAUUAUUAUAUAAAUAAU